AUGAUACGCAAGGUACAGGGUACUGAAGUCGGAAUGGAAACACUGGAUCAAAAGCAGACGGAAGAUGCAGCGCAUGUCGAAAAGAUUGGAAUUUCUCAUGACAAUACCUUGAAGAAGGCGUCUGAUUGUAUUACAAUCUUGAUACCUCAGCCAUCUGAUGAUCCAGAAGACACGUUGAACUGGAGUCAAGAAAAGAAAUGGGUUAUGUUGAGUGUCGUGGCGUACUGCGCGGUUAUGCCUGAUAUGCAAGCUGCAUUUGGAAUACCACUUGUCCCUGCGCAAGCAAUCGAGUGGGGCAUCAGCAUCGACGAGGCUGGACGCUCUGUAUCAGGCUGUGUUUUUAUGAUAGGAGCUGGCAGUCUCUUCUCAGUUCCGUUGGUCCAGCGCUUCGGGCGACUCCCAGUUCUAUUCAGGUCGAUGUUCAUAUCUUUUUGGAUGACAGUAUUUGCUACACUUGCACCGAGUCCAAUCAGUUUCAUCGUGGCCCGUUGUCUUCAGACGACGUUCUCUGCCGCACCGCAAGUGAUUGGUCUUUCCUUCAUCUACGACUUAUUUUUUUUCCAUGAGCAUGCACGUGCUAUUGGGAUAUGGGCCUGGGCCUUCGUCGAGUCGCCCUUCAUUGGGCCAUUGAUCAGUAGCAUUGUUGCCAACUUUCGACCUUGGCAAGACGCAUUCUGGGUUUGCACCGCAAUGACAGGGCUGGCAUGUAUCCUUGUGAUAAUGCUUGUUCAUGAGACUCUAUAUGACCGAGAUAUAUCUAUUCAGUUACCCGAAAAGGCAGCUGGACCGCUCGUGCGAAGACUGGAAAUGAUUUCCGGUGCAUACGGCGCCAGGGUCAAAGGGCGGCCAUCAUUAGCCAAGAGCUCUAUGAGAAUGCUGGUCAUUGCUUCACGUCCUUACUUUUUCCUCAUUCUUGUCUUUUAUGCAAUGACUUUCAUGUGGUCCGUUGGAGCGAAUACAACCUUGAGCCUCUUCCUUUUCAAGCCCGUCGCGGCUGGCGGUUACGGCUUUAGCCAACUGAGUGUCGGAUUGAUCUACUUUGCUCCCAUCACGGCGACCUUUCUGGGUGAAUUAUUCGGACAUUAUUUCAAUGAUUUUCUCGCGCGCAGGUAUAUGCAGCGACACUCUGGCGUGUUUGAGCCAGAAGCUCGCCUCUGGGUAGUGUGGAUUGCUACUCCAUUUAUGGUCGGCGGCCUCAUAUUAUUAGGCUUCUGUUUCGAGCUUCAUUUUCAUUGGGUAGCAAUUGCCUUUGCCUGGGGCAUCUAUUGCUUUGGUACUCUGAUUUCGACGGUGGGUAUUACAGCAUAUGCUUUAGACAUCUUCAAAGACGAAGCAGCUGAAGCAGCGGCUUUGAUCAACUUCUCGCGUACGAUCUCAGGAUUCAUUAGUUCGAGUGGGCAGCCAAAGUUGGACCAGCUGGAAGUUUUGGAACUCAAGGCGCUAUCUGCUUUGUAG